UUGGGUGGCUAACCCGUGGAGAAGGAUCAGAGAACACUCCUCUCUCAUCCAUAGGAUACCGUUCUUCAAUGGCCUCAACGUUUUGCUUCCUCCUCUCUAUCUUUCUGCUUGUAGGUGCGACCAGCAGCAGCCGGGAGAUGAGUCCAACGGACUACUGGAACAAACUGCUGCCUAAAACUCCCAUCCCCAAGUCUCUCCACGCCUUCCUGCCUACAGGAACCAGUGAUGCUUCCCAGAGGAAGUAUGCUGGCCAUUUGCUGCUCGACUGUAGAAGCAUUUUCUGGGAACAAUACGAAUACGGGACAACACCGGAUCAGGUAAAGGAAGACCAUGAACUCAGUUUCCUCUUCCUGGAAAAGGACUUGAAGGCAGGCAGCAAGACCAAGAAACUGGACUUCGAGAAGAAAGAGCAAGAGACUGCGGGGGGCUGGCCGACGGUGCUGCCUCGCAGGGAGGCAAAGACCAUUCCUUUCUCAACUUCCAAACUCAGCGACAUCCUCCAACGCUUUUCCGUGGAUCCAAACUCUGCCGACGCUCUGAUCGUGAGGCACACGCUCGAGGAUUGCGAGAGGGGACCCAAUCAAGGGGAGACCAACUACUGCGCUACGUCCUUAGAAUCCAUGGUCGACUUCGCUGUGUCCCAGCUCAAGACCAAUGAUGUUCAGUUGCUAACCUACUCGUUCGUGAACAAGGAAGAAACGGAGCCCAGAAGCAGAGUGUACACGGUUCAGCCCGGUGCGGUCGAAUUGGCAUCACAGCAUGCGGUGGUGUGCCACGUCCAGUCGUACCCGUACGCAGUGUUCUACUGCCACACGGCUACAAGGACCAAAUCUUACAUCCUUCCAUUGGUUGCUGAGGAAGAUGGCACCACAUUGAGGGCAGGGGCGGUGUGCCACAUGGACACCUCUUCAUGGAACCCGAACCAUGCCACUAUGUUGGCGCUAGGAAUCAAGCCGGGAACUCCUGUUUGCCACUUCCUUUCUCAUGGUCACCUUGUAUUUGUCCCCAACUCUGCUUCUUAAGAUGUCACGUAGUCCCGCCUUGCUUGCUUCAUGAGUGCUUGGUAUGUACGUGUACGUGGUAUAAGCGCCUGGUAGGCAACGAUGGUGCCAGUGUAUGGGCUGCACUGCUGCUUGUUUUCCCUGUUUUUCGUUUUAUGUACUCGGGUGUACUCGCUUUAUGCAAGAAAUCUAAAUAAAUAAGAUGGAGAAUGGGGGUUGUUUUAUGUUCAAAAA